GCAAUGUCCUGACUUGAUUAGCUGGUCUUCUACCUAAAACCCAAUUUCACAGUCGGUCCAUCAGAUCUUCAUAUAUCAUAUCUUCUUUUGCUUUUGUUUUUAUUUCAUCGAACUCGUACGGACGGAUAUUCUGUUGGAACCCAAAAACCAGUUUUAUUCGUUUGCUAAUUAUUUUUAUUAUUAUAUAUCUUUUUGAUUUUCGUUUUUUUUUUUCGAAGUAAGAAAAAAAGAAGAAGAAACGUUUCGGAUCUGAGAUGGGUCUGAUGGAUUUUAUACGACAAUGAUGAAAUCAAUCAUUCUGUGGCUCUGAAAAUUCGAUUCUCUUUCGGGUUUCUUUGUUGUCUUUGCCUUUCGAUUUAAUUAAUGUUUCAAAUCUGACGCCAUGAGGAAGAAGCUCGAUACCCGUUUUCCUGCUGCUCGUAUUAAAAAGAUUAUGCAAGCUGAUGAGGAUGUUGGGAAGAUAGCAUUAGCAGUGCCUGUUUUAGUUUCUAAAGCAUUGGAGUUAUUUUUGCAAGACCUUUGUGACCGUACCUAUGAGAUAACCCUCCAAAGAGGAGCUAAAACCAUGAAUGCAGUGCAUCUAAAGCAUUGUGUACAGAGCUAUAAUGUGUUUGAUUUUCUGAGGGACAUCGUCAGCAGGGUUCCUGACUAUGGCCAUGGUCAUUCUGAUGCAGCUGGCGAGGAUCGAGCCAUUUCAAAACGAAGGAAACCACCAGGUGAUGAAUGCAUCGACAGUGAUGAAGAGUUGAAGAGGAGCAAGAUGCUUGAGGUUAACCAUGGCAGCAGCAGCGGCAGAGGAAGAGGUCGGGGUCGAGGACGAGGCCGUGGACGUGGGCGGGCCAGUGAAAGAGAGACCCUGCACCAUGAGACUGAAUCUGAACCCUGCACAUCUCUUCAGCACGCCACCAAACCUAAUCCAAAUCCUGGAAUGGUGGUGGAUGACGCUUCCGAGUCAAAGGAGGAAAUGAAGGAAAAUGCUGUUAUCCCUGAUGAGUCUGAUCCUGCAGUUCGAAAUUUUGAUCUGAAUGCCGAUGUAAUUGAGAAUGAGGAUACAAAAGCUGCAGCGACAGCAGCCCAAGCAGCGACAGCUGCCCAAGCUUCAUCGACAGCUACCCAAGCUGCAGCAACAGCAUCCCAAGCUGCAGCAACAGCAUCCCAAGCUGCAGCAACAGCAGCCCCGACCUCGUCUGCUGGACCUACUUCUGAGAUUAAACAUGAAGAAUAUCCUGGGUGGUCUCUCUCUGAUGUGGAUAAAAUGGCCAUUGACCCUCUUCAACUUGCACAUUUGAGCGGAAGGAUAGACGAGGAUGAGGAAGACUAUGACGAAGAGGGCUAAAUUCCUCUUGAUGGCUUAUCAUCCCAAAGUAGGUUAGUGGGAUCAAGAUCAAUGGGAAGCUGUUGAAGGAAAAAUUAAAUAAAAGUAUACAAAAGCUGGAAUAGUGACCUAAUUGGAGAUGACAUGGCCUGGCCUAUGCACUUGUCCCAAUGAAGUUGGAAUUUCGUUUCCUGUGAAAUGUUAGUAUCAUAGCAUUUGCUAACAUCCAUUUCCAGAAGGUAGCUUUUCCUAACAAUGGCAGAGAGGAUAGCCUCUGCAGUUUGACUCUUAGAAGUGUAUGAAGAAUAUGGCACCCUUGGAUAGCGGUGGAUUGCCCUAUGAGUGGUUGGCCUUUUUAAUUUGUUAUGCUUUGUUAUAGAUUCUAGGAAAAGUAGCUGUGUUGUUCGUUGUUAUCUUGUGUAAGGUAAUGGUUCGGUUAGGUCUUCAAUUAAUCUUCUGACCAGUAAAUUGGAUUUCUAUCUCUUUGCUCCCUUGCUUUCUUUAGCUCCUAAAAAAGUCCUAUAAUGGGUUUACAUA